ACAAUGGGAUCGGAUACAAAAGGCAUGAAGAAUACUAUGGAUAUUUUACUGUUUGGAAGCUGCAUAGGAGACGAAUACUUGGAAGGAAUUCACAAGCGCUACCGAACCACCUAUAUCCCGUGGUACAGAAAGUUCUUAGGAGUUCUCUGUUUGUAUACAGAAUCAUUCAGCACUAAGCGCAACCUGAAGCGAAGUAACACCAUUGUUAGAAGCAUCAGCACGGACUUCAACACCACUGACCCACUCACGUUACAUCGCCAAAUUGAGGACUUAUUAAGGAUAAGUUCUGGGGCCUGGUACAGCCACAUUCAAGCCUCGAAUGCAUCUAACAUAGCGAGUCAUAUUGUCACACAAGUUGUGAAGAAGAAAGACUCAGGUACACUAUCGGCACAGUACUACACUCAGGAUCAUCUUUAUUUAUGCGUUGUUAAACGUCUGUCCUGAGUCGACUUCAAUAAU